AUGGCGGAGCAAUUGGGGACCCCUGGGUCAAACGCCGAUAACUCAAUCAACGGUGGAAAGGGAGGAGCACCAAAGGACAAAGCAUGUCCAUUCUGUCACCAGAAGUUUACCUCCUCCUCGUUGGGCCGACAUCUUGAUCUGUACAUAAAAGAAAAGAACCCCAAACCCUCCGAUGGAGUCCACGAUGUUGACGAGAUUCGGAAGAUGCGAGGAGGCAUUACAAGAAGACAGCCGCGCAAUUCUGCUUCAAGGAGGGAGGACUCUACGCCUGCGGGAACCCCUAGUAAUCAUGACAGACGGAGUCCAGGAGGACCGGAUUCGGGAGGUUGUUCACCAAAUCUACGGCGGAAUGAUGAUGAGAGAGGAAUGCAGUCACGGAAGACUGCCUGGAAGAUAAAUUCUGCAGGAUGGGAAACCACGGGGGUCAUGAAUGUCAUUCCAAACCUAAGAAAUGGAGACUCGGUACGGAGCUGGGACAGUGAGGAUCGAGAUGGGGCCAGGAAACUAGACAAUAGGGGCAGGUCUGUGAGCAAGCAGAUGCUGGCAAAGACCACUUUUGAGCAGAAGCAAAAGAUGAUGGAUGCUCUGGAUAAUGCGCAAGCUGCAAAACUGGCCUUGCGAGAAAUACUGGGCUCCGUCAGGGCUGCAAAGUAGGUGCUUUCUUGCUGGACAGAGGACUAUAUACUAACAGAUGCUAGACGUCAAAUUGAUGAUCUCCAAGUGUUUGACUACGACCCCCUUACCCUCGACUUUCCAAGCAUUGUUCUUCGCUGUCUCCCACCGCCUCCUACACUAUACCAAGCGAUGCCCAUCGCAUCUUCCGCAUCAUGGUCUAUACAACCACCAGACGACCAACAAUACCAGGCGUUACGGGAACAUUUUGCCAAUGAGUUCAAUCGAUUUAGAGUGUCAUGUCAGGUAGCCACUACGGUUGCCCACGAUGAUUUGUCCUACCCACCUCCUCACCCAGACUUUGAUGAUUUACUCGAUGACCCAGCAGAGAUUGCACGACGAGCUGAAAAUGAAGCUUCUGAGCUCGAGUCUCGAGUAUCAGAACACCUUCAUGCUGUUUUCGCACAUUGGAGCUCCUUGAGCCACCCCAAGCGGCAGGAAAUAUGGAUUCUAGAAAUGGCACGAGCUUUAGGUCGUCAAUCCGAGGAGAUUCAAAAACUGAAAAAGGAAAAGGAGUAUGCUCAACAAGAAACAGCACAUCUGAAGAUCCAGGUGGAUGAAUUAAGCAGACUACAACAUCCAAGAGAAUUCAAGCUGGUGUCGCCUUCAACUAUGCCAAUCGAUUCCGACACCAUAAGUAGACUAGGCGAGAUAGGCAUGACCAGGAAAUACGUCGGGCAUGACAUGUCCAGUGUGAACUUGCACCUAGACACUGCAAUUGACCGCGCAAUUGGAAAAUGGAAAAUAGUCGUGAAAGAGGCCAGAGGAAGCGGCAACGGUCUAUUAGCUCAAAGAUCAUUGAGCGGAGAAUCCGCACCACAAACCUCUGUUCAACUCCCACCUCAAAACCUUGCCCCUGUUCGAACCCCUAUUACACCCAACCCACCGCAACUACAAAACCACAUCAGCCAUCAACACACAUCAAGCAAUAUCUCAAACAUGUCGAAUCAUAAUGACCACAUCAGUCAUCAACAUACAUCAAGCAACAUCUCCAACCACAAUGUCUCCAUGUCCAAUUCCAGCAAUAAUCUCCCCGUCCAAGUGCAAGUCACCGACCUCACCAGUCAAAGCAACGAUGACAUGGGAAGUGACGCCGACGCAGAUGCGGACGCGGACAUGGACGACGACGAUUCCUACAUGGAGAUGAACGACUUACCUCAGCAGACUCGCGCCCCGGAAGCUCCUAUGGCGCAACCGUCCAACAACUUUCGACUCCCGAAUGGGAAUGUACAACCAAACAGCCUGCAGCAGAACAACAAUGGAAGGGGACUUGAGGGAAUGGAGAACCAGGUUGUACAGGGAUACGUGAGGAUUGGUGCAUAACCAAAUGUUUUUGCAUCUUAAAAGUUGAAUCUUUAGCUUUAGCGUGCAUGUGUGUGUGUGUUGGGAAGUAUGGAAGUGUGAAUAAAUUAAGAAAAAGAUGCAAACUGUACUGUGGGAAAUCUAUCAAUAGGAGAAAGGCGUUUUAUGGGGGGCAUGGAGGGAAAGAUAACUUGUAAUAAACCAUCUCUUUGUAGAAGACCGAAUUCUUCUUUUUACCUUUUUUUCCUUUGCUCCUGCUUUCUUCUGAUUUAGCGAGGUGGGGAUCGUUGUUUUGCGUUUUUUUGCGGGGUUUGUAGCAUUUUGGGUGGCUGUUUUCGUUUUUGAUAUUUGGCUCUUUGAUAUUUGAAUUGUUUGUUGUUGUCGUUUUUUGAACUGAUUAAUGGGGUGAAAAGCAUGAAGCUUGGGAGCGUGCAUUGCAUUGUUUUGUGUGGGAUUGUGUGGUAUGUUGUUGUAUUGCACUUGAUCAAAAAUUUGUUGAUUACUUUAGCAUGGAGUAUUGAGCAUUGAAUUAUGCAUUUUUUCUGAGUUUGAGCAUUUUUUCGAGUAUUGUGUUGUGUACUGAAGUCUUGCACGCACGGCUUUGCGAUCGGAGGGAGAG